AUGCCCUCUCGAGCGAUUUGCGUGGGCGGCGCCGUGUCCUACGAGUACCUCAUCUUCCCCGCCAUUCCUGCCGACACCGAUGCGGAGCACCAGCGCGCCCAUCAGCAUCACGAAUCCUCCCGACUGACCAUCCGCGCGGGAUCUGCAGCCUUCGUGGCUCGUCUGCUCCACGCCGCUGCGCCUCAAUGGGGCCUCGACGUGAGCAGCCCGGCGCUACAGCAUCCCGCCUCCAAUUGUCUCACUCAUAAUGCCUCGUCCAUCGUUGACCUGGCUGUGAAGAAGCCUUCCCACCAGACCUCCCUGCGCUGGGAGGUGGUGCAGCUGCGCGACAUCGACCGACGUCCCAUCUGGCAUUCACCGCCUCUGGAGCAAGCGCCCAUCUCGGGAGUCAGCACCGUCGUCCUCACCGGCUCGGGUGACGCCUUUCAAGACGUCGAACCCGCCCUCGACUUCCUCCAGAAGGUGAAGCCGAAAUUCAUCAUUCACUACAUGACCCGCCCCCUGGCCAAGGGCCGAUUGUGGAACAUCAUACGGAAUGGUCCCAUGAUCAGUGACGGUCCUCCCGAUCCAGAGCACCUUGCGGUCAUCAUUGACGCCGACGACUUGCGAGCAGAGGGUAUCAACUUGAGUCGCUCCCUGUCUUGGGAAGCAACGGCUGAAGACUUUGUGCUGAACCUGGGCUCCAACGGCCGACUGGACACGCUUGUGACGUGCCCGAAUUUAAUUGUGCGGUUUGGGAACGAGGGAGUCAUUCACCAUCGUGGCCGAGACGCUGUGGACCCGAAGCUCUACUUCCAGCCACGACAGAUGGAGAAGACCAGUGAUCAUAUGAUUGGAACUGCAUCAGCAUUCGUGGCUGGCUUCGCCAUCGGCUUCCCGAACGGCGACAAAGGCAUCAGACUAGGUCUCGCAGCAGCUCAGAGACUGACGGAUACCGGCUUUGAGCAAAACACCAUCGACCAAUCCCCAGACUAUCCGGUCCACUCAAUCAUGGAACAACUCGACUCUCGACAAAAGAUCUCGACGGUAAGCGUGCCAUCGAGCAGAAUCAGCAGCGGCGACAGCUUCACCAUCUUCGACACACUCACCGGCGAUGUGAGCGAGGUGGCGCGGCAGAUCGUCACGGCUGGCCCUGACAAGGCGCUUUCCCGAUGCUCGGUGCGUUGUUUUGGAGACCUCCAGAGCGUCGAUCGGACCGAGCAAGAGUCUCUUGGCUCCAUCGUCGAUACUAUGAACGAGCGUCUGGAAUCGGGGAUCCCCGCGCCGACAUGUAUCGGCAUGAUCGGACCAGUGGGCUCGGGCAAGAAGUUUGUGGCGAAGAAUCUGUCGGAGCAAGUCGGUCAGAAAUGGCCGGUCCGCAGAUUGACUUACAAUGCUCGUGUCGUGGGGGUGGAUGACCUCACAAACGCUUGCCAUACCAUUCGCGACAAUGCCGCGGACGGUUUCCUGACCGUGGUCAGCUUCGAAAACUGCGAGGCUCUCCUCCAAACACAACGAACUCUCCUCGACGAGUUUGUCUCCAUCAUGCGCCACGGCGCGUUCAAAGACGGAGGUCAGGAGCGCAAGGUCGGGCGGUCGCUGUUGAUGUUUCUCGUCAACCGAGACACGUCUUUCACCGAGAGCACCUCGACACCCACAUCUUCCGCGUUCUCGGCGCAGUCACGAGUCGACGACGCACAUCUACUCGACAACCUGCACGGCGUGGUCGAGCUGAGCGGCACCAACUCGACCGGCCCCGACGACAGACUGUUCCCGAUCCGUCGAGCGUUGAUGCUCCGCCAGCUUCUCAGAGAGCGCCAUCCCCAUCUCGAAGUCAACGGCACCAUCAAAAUUGAGGACUCCGUCCUCCACGCCCUCCUCUUCGUGCCCUCGUACAAGCACGGCCUGCGCUCCCUCGAGAAAAUCGUCAGCACCAGCCGACUCUCCGGCCGCACGAAGUUCGAUGUCUCCUCCCUCCCACCAGAAGAGCAAAUUGCACUGCACGUCGACGGGCGCACUUUCAUGAGCUACUUACGCUCGCCCAGACUCCCGCCCGCCCUACGCGAGACACUAGCCGAAGGACUCUUCGAAAGCUACAAAAAGCAACGCAUCCUCAUGGCCACGACGCCCGAGCGGAAGAAGGAAAUCGCCUCCGACCCCGCCAUGGCGGACUGGGACGAGCUCUCCGGCAUCUACAAGGAAUCGACGCGCGCGCAAGCGGACGACAUCCCGCGCAAGCUGCGCGCGGUGCGCUGCUUCAUGCUGCGCGAGAAGCGCGGCGACCCCCUCGUUCCCAUCCCUGGCUUCACGGAGACGGAACUCGACAUGUUGUCGGAGAUGGAGCACGAGCGCUUCAAUGCGGAGCGCCUGCAGCGGCAGUGGAAGAUGGGGCCGCGCGACUCGAAGCAGCGCACCACGCCGUUUCUCGUGCCUUGGAGGGAUCUGACGCAGGAGUGGAAGGAUGUGGAUCGCGUGAUGGUCGAGUGCGUCCCGAGCGUGCUCGCGGCGGCGGGCUAUUACAUCUAUCGGAUGAAGGAGGAGGAUUGA